GCGUAACCAUUUUGCAUUAAAAAAGGUAUAAAGUGAGCCACAUGUUUACACACAUGUCACAUCAUAAAUGGUUUUGAACGGACAAACCAUGACACAAGAGGCGUGUAAUGGGUUCUAGAUUUUACACUACAAACUAAGAAAAAACGCUUCAUAAUCACAAUCUCUAUCAGGAGACAACUGGCCAACCAUAACUACAACAAGGCAACUUUACAUUGUCUAUUGCACUGCAUUAUUGGACAGAGACGCGCCUUGCAACUUUGAGCUCUCUGGCCUGCCCCCGUUCCAGCAAGAUCUGUACUCCGUAUCCAUCAUCUCCUUGCUUAGUGGGCACUCAAAGUGUUGCUCAAACAAAUGAUGAUUCAUCGAUAGUGGCUGAGGCGACAGCUCUCCAAGUUUCGUCUGUUCGCUCGUGGUGGAAAUUCCGCUGAGCGAGCGAGUGAAUCCUCCUCUUCCUAGCCCCGGCGUGAGGAGCGCCGGCGAUGUCGACCGGCGGCAGGAAGAUGAGGACGGCGUGCGUGACCGGAGGAAACGGGUAUAUCGCCUCGGCGCUCAUCAAGGUGCUGCUGGAGAAGGGCUACGCCGUCAAGACGACGGUCAGGAACCCUGAUGACAUGGAGAAGAACUCCCACCUCAAGGACCUGCAGGCGCUCGGGUCCUUGGAGGUCUUCCGCGCCGACCUGGACGAAGACGGCAGCUUCGACGACGCCGUCGCCGGCUGCGACUACGCCUUCCUGGUCGCCGCUCCGGUGAACCUCCACACGAAGAAUCCCGAGGAAGAAAUGAUCGAGCCGGCCGUCAGGGGAACUCUGAACGUGAUGGGGUCGUGCGUGAAGGCGCGCACGGUGAGGCGCGUGGUCCUGACCUCGUCGGCGGCCGCGGUCACCACCAGGCCGCAGCUACAAGGCGACGGGCACGUGCUGGACGAGGAGUCAUGGUCCGACGUCGAGUACCUCAGAGCCCACAAGCCUGCAGGCCCCUGGGGGUACCCGGUGUCCAAGGUGCUCCUGGAGAAGGAGGCGAGCAGGUUCGCGGAGGAGCACGGCAUCGGCCUCGUCACCGUCUGCCCCGGCCUCACCGUGGGCGCCGCGCCGGCCCCGACCGCCCGCACCAGCGUCCCCAACUGCCUCUCUCUUCUAUCCGGCGACGAAGCCGCGUUCGCCGUGCUGGACGCCAUCGAGAGCGCCACCGGGUGCCUGCCGCUGGUCCACGUCGACGACGUCUGCCGCGCCGAGCUGUUCGCCGCCGAGGAGGGCGCGGCCGCGGGGAGGUACGUCUGCUGCGGCCUCAACACGACCGUCGCCGAGCUCGCGCGUUUCCUGGCGGACAAGUACCCGCAGUACGGCGUCAAAACGAACCUGCUCUCCGGCGAGCGGCUUGAGAAGCCGAGAGUGUGCCUGUCGUCGGCGAAGCUGGUGAAGGAAGGUUUCGAGUUCAGGUACAGGACGCUGGAUGACAUAUACGACGACAUGGUCGAGUACGGCAAGGACCUGGGAAUCCUGCCCGACUUGUGAUGCUGCUUGCUUCCUCUGCUCUCGGCCGGCGAUCAGGACUGGACUUUAAACCGUCCGGCAAAAUAAGCCCGUCUAUUUAUGCUGCUACUGUGCCGAACCAUAAUUGGACCUUCAAAAAAUGUCAAGAAAAUUUGUCUAUGUUAUGCAUUUUUGUCUACUCAGAACCGUUUGUCUGACUAGUAAAUAUGGAAUCGAAUCCUGUAUUAGCAAGCGUGACAAAUAUGCAUCAACUGUUGCAAGCUGUUGUUAGCAGAAGCAGAGAAGAGAGGUUUCGUGGGCAAGAAGAAGAAGAAGAUAGCGGGGGAAGCGGGG